GAGAGAGAGAGAGAGAGAGAGAGAGAGCUGCACGGUGGACAUCAGAUGUGAGCCAAGUCUGCACCGACCCAACAAAUACCCAAAGUGUGUCUCCUUCAUGGGCGGGUCGAGGCUCUGAGACCUGACACAGGUGAAUGAGCGCACAUCCGCAGAAUCAUUUUGUUUUCCCUUUACGGACUCGUCCCCCUCUCCCCCCCCUCCCUCCCCGGGGAGAGGAGAGACCGACGCGGCAUCUGUAGCUCUGCGUGCAGCGGGCGGGAGACGGACGGAGGACGGAACGUUGACUAACGCGGCGGCUCUGUGCCGAGGGACCGCCGAGACGCGGAGAUGUCAAAGGAGACGAGAAGAAAAGGAUCAUCACGAAAGCACAGCGCCACUCGUUGGUGUCUGCAGGAUAUUGCUCAGGAAUCAGUCGAAAGCUCCGAUGAGGAGUUCUUUGAUGCCAGAGCAGAUGUUAUGGAGGGGAAGAGUGCCAUACUGCUGGGCAUGAGUCAGUGGAACUCAAAUGACCUGGUGGAGCAGAUUGAAACUCUGGGACACAUGGAGGACCAGUCGCACGAGGGCCUCUACCAGCUGGGUGGUCCACGCUGUCCGCCUCAGAGCAGCAUUGAAGGCCUGGAGGACACAGAGAUGAAAUGCAACACGCACGUGCUGCUGCUUGUGGUGCACGGAGGAAACAUCUUGGACACAGCAGGUGGAGACCCGAGCACAAAGGCGGGCGACGUGGCCACGCUUUCCUCAGUGCUGGAGAAGGUGACGCAGGCGCACUUCCAGGCCGUCGCCGAACACGUCAAGAUCAAGCUGGUGCCGUGUCUGGCCGUGUGUGCCGAGGCCUUCUCCCUGGUGUCCAAUCUGAACCCGUACAGCUACGAUGAGAGCUGUGUGUCCAGUAGCGUGGACCACCUGCCGCUGGCUGCUCUCCCCCUCCUCGCAAUCGCCUCGCCGCGCUACCAGGACGCCGUGGCCACCGUUAUCGCCCAAGCCAACCAGGUCUAUCGCAGCUUCCUGCAGUCAGAGGACGGCCAGGGAUUCACUGGUCAGGUAUGCCUGAUGGGUGACUGUGUGGGCGGCGUGCUGUGCUUCGACGCUUUGUGCUUCAGCAACCACCAGAGGCCUGGCAGCCCCAACGGCAGCAGCAGGAACAACAGCACCGAGAGCCUGAAGGAUAACUCGGGCCUGCUCGGGGAGUCCAGCCUGAGUUUGAGUUCGAGCAAGAGGCUCAGUAAGAGCAACAUCGACAUCUCCGCCCCCAAUGAAGGGCACAGCCCGGGCGGGCCGCCGCUCAGCCGCAAGCAGAGCGACUCCUAUGACGGAGACACCACGUCCACGGGCCAGCACAGCUUUUUUUCGAGUUUGAUGAAGGAAGGUGUGGAGCUGCGUGGCGGCAGUGGCCCCGGUCUGGUGUUGAAUCCGGGUCGAUUUGACUUUGAGGUGUCAGACUGCUUCCUGCUGGGCUGCCCUUUGGGCCUCGUACUGGCCAUGAGACGUACUGUGCUGCCUGCCGUCCAGGUGAGCCAGCUGCAUCCAGCCUGCUCUCAGAUUUUCAACUUGUUUUACCCUUCGGACCCUUCAGCCUCCAGACUGGAGCCGCUGCUGCAGCCUCUCUUCCACAAGUUGCCGCCUUACGCUGUGCCGCGCUACCAGCGCUACCCUCUAGGAGAUGGGCGCUCAACGCUUAUUGCGGAGAGUAUUCAAGGCCACUCCAAUGUGUUUUUGGAAGGUGAGCAAACUCCUGGAGGUUCAGCUUCAAAGACGUCCUCCGGGACUAAGACUGAAGGAGGAGGGGGGGAAGAAGGGGGUCGUAGAGCCAGCGUGACCAGUGCGGAAAGUGAAAUUUCCAUUUGCUCCCUGGGCCAGCUGGGAAACACCAUUGCUAACAUUUCCAGUAGCUGGUGGGGCUCCAAGAGGCUGGAUUAUGCUCUGUACUGUCCCGAUGUGCUAACUGCCUUCCCGACGGUGGCUCUACCUCACCUUUUUCAUGCGUCCUACUGGGAGUCUACUGAUGUAGCAGCCUUUGUUCUACGGCAGCUCAUGGGAUGUGGCUGUGUGAAGAACCAGGAAGCGGACAAUUUGGGCACAGCUCCGUUCUCUCCCUCCAGCCCACGAGAGAAAUGGCUCAGAAGGAGGACGCACGUCAAACUAAGGAACGUCACUGCCAACCACAGGGUGAAUGAUGUCAUUGCCACAGAAGACGGGCCUCAAACUCUGGUUGGUCGCUUCAUGUACGGCCCUUUGGACAUGGUCACUCUGACUGGAGAAAAGGUGGACAUCCUGCUAAUGACACAGCCGCAGUCCGGCCGAUGGGUGUACUUUGACACAGAUGUGACCAACAGCAGCGGCAGAGUCACAUACACGAUACCCAAGAGCAAGAAGCUAAGCCUGGGAGUCUAUCCGAUUAAAAUGGUGGUCAAGGGCGAUCAAACAAGUGCGGAGGCCUACCUGACCGUGUUGCCGCGGGGCAUGGAGUGUGUGGUCUUCAGCAUCGAUGGCUCUUUUGCUGCUAGUGUGUCAAUCAUGGGCAGUGACCCCAAAGUCCGCCCCGGAGCCGUCGAUGUCGUCAGGCAUUGGCAGGACCUGGGUUAUCUGAUCAUCUACAUCACCGGCCGCCCUGACAUGCAGAAGCAGCGCGUGGUCUCCUGGCUGUCGCAGCACAAUUUUCCCCACGGGAUGAUCUUCUUUUCCGAAGGCCUGGUUCAUGAUCCCCUUCGACAAAAGACCAUCUUCCUCAGGAACCUCAUACAGGAGUGUCACAUUAAGAUCAACUCUGCUUACGGCUCCAUGAAGGACAUCUCUGUUUACAACAUGCUCGGACUCUGCCCCUCCCAGAUUUAUAUUGUCGGCAGACCUUCGAAGAAGUACCAAAAUCAGUGCCAGUUCCUCAGCGAGGGAUACGCAGCGCACUUAUCAACCCUUCAGUUCGGCCACAGAGCCAGACCCAAGAAGUCGGCUUCGGUGCGUAUGGUGCUGAGGAAAGGCUCCUUCGGCCUCUCGGCCAAACCCGACUUCCUGUGUAAGCGAACUCACCUGCGCAGGACCAUGUCGGUGCAGCAACCCGACCCGCCGUGCACGCCCAACCCCAAGCCUGAGCGGGCUCAGAGCCAGCCGGAGUCAGAUAAGGACCCCGGAGGAGGAGGGGGAGGAGGCGGGCAAAGCACAUGGGGGCGGUCCUCCAUCCACCGAGGAGACACCACUCCCUGACGUCGAAAAAGAGACGGAGGGAUUGCAGGAAUAAAGAAGAGGAGAAAAACAAAGUCGCUUAGUGUCGAGGGCUAAGCGUCACCUCUGGCACCAGGUAGAUAUGUACAUUGGAUCCUCUGCUGGUACCCCUUCAGCUCAGCUUUACCUCCUGCUUGGUCUUCUGCACUUUUCCGCCUGUUGGGCCCUUUUUUCUUGUGACCCGCUUGGUGGAUUCUGUCGCUUAGUCUUGGUGCCUGAAAUCUGAAGCGGUUCCCCAGGGAUGGCCAGGAUUUUUGUGAAAUUCCCCGUCGUGUUAAAAUGGUGUAUAACUGUAAAGUAAUGUGCUUCAGAUAGUGGAUAUACUUGUUUAAUUCUUCUAAAACACACACACACACACACACACACAGACAGUUUCAGAGGAUGGAAGAUGUGGUGACUUCAACACUCAACACAACAGAUUCCCCUGUGCGAUCAGACGUGCUGACAGGCGGUCGCGUUGACUGACUCCUACAGUAACCCUCCACCCAUGUAAAUACAAGACGCAGGUCAUCCCUCUUUGGGCCUCGGGACACAGAAGCGCUGUGACAUUUAAGUUCCAGCUGCACAGAUCUGGAGGUCUGUGAGAUCUGCGGCUCCGAUGAGCCGACCUCGCUGACCUCGGCGGCCUCCAUUUCACUUGCACUGUAAGAUGCGCCUUACUGGCUGGUUGCCCCCCUUUUGUUUCCCUCCACAAGUCUGGCAGAAAAGGACUUUCGACAGCCGCCUCAGAUCGGGUCCACAACCGCUGAGGCGCGACUCGGCCCCUGAGGUCCCACUUGCACUAUGGAAGUACGACGCAGUCGCUCUCAAUUCAGCGGCGGGCACUCGCUUCAGAAUCAAAGAGUUCUAUUUUACUGUAUUUGUAGUUUGAGUUUUUUUUAGUGCAGAGCGUGAACUGUCGCUGUGUUGUUGGUUACUGUAACUCUGAGAAGAUUAAACUCAAAUAGUGUGUAGGUUUGACCAAAAAAUGUUUACAGGUUGACGGAAACGGAUGUAAAAAGUGAUCAGAACUUGUUUAUACACGUAAUUAAAAUAACGGCGUAAUUGUCAUCAUUGGAAAUGUUAGAUUAGUUGCUUGAUAUUUGCAGAUGCUUGUCAGUUGAAAUUCCUCCAGAAUGCCCUUGUAUCCAUUGAAUUUAGCUGCACUGCAAACAAUGGAUUUGUGAUUAAAUUUGAUGCCAUCUUGUGCACUCGGGGUGGAAUUGAAUAUGUUUAAAACUGCAAGAAAAACAUAUUUUUCUAAGAGGAAAUAUUGUAAAUAGAAAUAUUUUGUGUAUGUAUGUUUUUGAACCUCGUUGUUUGACUCGUUGAAUAGUUGAUUUUGGCCUUAAACUGCAUUUGAUGUUGUGCAAAGAUAUUUAUUUGAAUUUGUUUGACCAAAGUGUUGAGUUUCUGACAAAGUGCAUUGUAUCAAGUUGGUAUUUUUGCUUUAACCUGUUUUAGAUACUGUAUACAGUAUGUGUGCAUGUGCGAUCGAGUGUGUGUCUUAAGUAUUUGUCGUGGAGUUGUAUUUACUGUGAACGUGGAGAAAGCUGUGAUGAUGAACAUAUGUAUCGGUUUGGAUUAAAUCACUGUGUCGGAGGAUUUCUUCGGCAAGGUUCUUUAACCUGCUGGAAAAAUGGCUUUUGAGUUCUCACAUGGUCUGAAUAGCAGAGUGGAUCAUGUCAGCCAGAAGGGAGCAGCCUUGCCUUCUUCGUUUCCUGUCUGUACGCACUAGGUGGUCCGGUAAUUAGCUGCUUGAUUUCCACUACUAAGUAUGUGUGAUUAGCUCUGUAAUUGCAGCGCUUCGAAUAGCAUUACUUGGUUAAUGUAAAAUGCAUACCACAUUUAAUUUUACAUUAAGCUCAAUACUGAAAAAUUGUCCCCAAGCAUCAAAAUGGGAUCAUCCCAAUCAAUACAGAUGCUAUAAGUCUGUAUAACACAUCAUGAUUUCUCCAUGACAUACACUGGAAGAGUGAAGUAUUUAUGCUGAGCGGCAUUUCAGUGCACUGAUGAUGAUCUAACGGUCAAAUGGUAAAUUUUCUGUGCAUGUUAUGAUUUCAUAUUGUUAAUCAAUGGCUCUCAAUUAUCAUCUUUAUGAUACUCUUAACUAAAUGUUUACUAAUUUGUAAACAGGGAUGAGUAAAAAUGUAUGGUCUGAAUUUCAAUACUACACAUUGGAGGAAAUCACAGAAAAAAUGGAUAUAUUUUACAGUGUAGAAUAAUCUAUUUAGCGAUAGGUAUGUGUUUUUUAAUAUAUUUAAAUAAUACAUUAUCCUCUCACUUACUGUAAUUGAUGUUUUCAAAUAAUUAGUAUUCACCAAGUCAAGACUUAACUAUCGGGUAUAGACUUAACUCGCCAUUUAUUAACAAUUUCUUUGACUGAAGUAUGCUUUGGUAAGUUGACUGACAUAUGUGAAGAUCCUUUUGACCAAUGAGGACGAAGCACCUGGUUUCAUUAUUAGUCGUAUUGUUUUGUGCAGAUCUCCUGUAGU